CAGCAGUUUGCGCAGUGUCCACUCUGUCGACGGCUUGCCUCAUAGACGUCUCUGGUCACUUGACUACUAGUUGGUGCCCAUCACGGUCACGGUGGUCUUGAGUCGACGAGUCUUUCGUGUGUUGCUACCACACCAUGGCUGCUACUGUGGAUCUGCCCAAGCUAACAGUCUCCCAACUAAAAGCACUAUGCAAGGAACGGGGGAUUACUGGCUACUCCAAGCUAGCAAAAGCCGCCCUUAUCGAAAAGUUGGCGGCGAGUUCCAAUGUAUCAUCAAAAACAUCAUCGACGGAGCAGUCUGGCCUAUCACAUGGCUCUCUCGCAUCUUCCACAGCUCAGAACGUGGCAGAACGCACGGUCAUUGGCGCAAGCGAUAGCGGUGAAGUGUCUAGAAGGCAGUCGUCACAGGGUCGUACCGUCAGGCAGCUUUCCCCACACCAGACUUCGCCGAUCGGGUCUGGUUUUUCGGUUCACCGAGGCCCUCCCGAUCCCUGCGGGUCAUCUCUCGCUGCUCAAAAAACAUCCCAGGACUGUGUGCCUAGCAGACGCCCUGCGCAUACAGCUGCACCACUUGGCCAAAAGCGUGUCAGGAUCAGCUCACCCUCUCAAUACCACACCACUCCAGAGCACAAUCCAACCCCAACUGUCCAGCAUACUGUUAUUGAGCCCCUGCCUGCUUUGCCCAAAAAGAGCGAAACGUCCUUUGUAGUCAAGACCAAUUCACGUGAACUGAGUGUUACCGCAAGCAGGACUCGCAGUCUUCCGGCACGAGCAAAGGGAGCUGGUCGCUUCAAACCGCUAACCAUUCUUGGCCCACAAAGUUUAGGCGAAACACCUCUCACAAAGCGCCAACAAGAUUCUCAAAUCGGUGCAGUACCGAGGUCUGGAACCGUGUUUUGUUCCCUACCAGGCAUGACUUCGACUCCACCGACUCUUGUAAGCAUAUCAUUACUGCCCAAUAUUUCCGAAAGAAGGCAGGCGCACCGUUGGGCGGUUAUUUUUAGUGGUCUUGAUGAUAAUGAAAGGCAAGUUUGCUCUUUCGUAUCCAGAACAUUCCACUAUGCAGUUUACCUCUCCGCGACGCAUAUACUCGAAAGGAAACACCACGGGGACCUCCUGGACGCAAUAUUCCGAAAGUAUUCAAAAGACACGACGAAUAUGUGGCCGUACCUCCGGUCUCGCGAACGCGAAAUUUUUCAAAGGCGUCGAGCGUUCAAGGAGUCGUUCCUUGGCAGAUUACUUUCUUUUGAUCCGCUUACUGAGCGACUUUGGGGAUGUCCAGAUCAUGAUCGCCAGGUGGAGAUCGCCCUUCGCGUCAGAUUUGUCCUCACUAGAGUGUGGUUCGCGGUAUCUUUGGGUGCAUAUGGUCACAAUUCCUUCGCUCUGAUGACCAGCCGCGUCGUGGAUGCCAGAGAAGUGCUAAAGGGAGAAGUUUGGCAGAUCCGGACUCGGAACGGAAACUCCACAGAGAGCUUUUAUGUGCUUGAAGCCACUUGCGAAGUUAUCGGUCACCCACCGAUGCCUAAGUCUUCUAAUUUGACUGAAAAACAUUCCCUUCGCGUGGAUUGGUACGCGUAUGUUGACUGUCGAUUGUCGUGUUCAUCCUCUAUCGGAACAUGCCUGCUUGAUCAUGUCCAUUGGUCGGACCGAGAAGAAUAUAGCUGGGGCAUCAGCAAAGUAUGGUUACACCGUACCUCUAGAGAGGGAUAUAUGGGUUAUGCUAAAAGGUGUGUCGCUGAGAGGUACAUUUUGGCCAGCGUGGUGGCGAACGGCGUCAGUGGAAGGUGGAUGUCGACCACCUCUAUGGCCCAAGAGUUUGCCGGGUUUCCAGGUUGCGGCACCAUUCCCUCGAGACCAAAAGCACCAUCCCUGAACAUGUAUCUUCCAUCGCAUCACUAUGUCGAAAGUGUGCACUUCACGACCUCCACAAAAGAGCACCUACAUUCUGCUCUAGCAGUUGUACAGACUCCUGCGAGAGAGUACUACAUCUUGAACGACAACGGCAUGCAUGUUGGAUGCGAGGAAGAGGGUGUCGCGGAUGUAUGGGCGGAGAUCCUCCAAUGUGAUAACAAAGGGCGGCCCUCGUAACGUGAGCAGUCGUUCAAAAGUGAUACAUCCGAUACUGGCCUUGAGGCGACCUCUUUCCUAGUGGAUAGAGUGUGGCUCUGGAUUCAGAAGUGAAAACCACUUGCCAAUAUAAAGCGAGAUUGCCUACACCGCACUCAAAUGUUUUUGUGUUGCGUGACCACUCACCUUUGUUAUACUAGGCGGGGAGCUAGGG